AUGUAUUCGAAUAAGUCGCACAAGGAGAUUAACGCUAUAUUAGAUGAGGUAGCUAGUGCCAAGCACGAUGGCGAUGCAUUUUUCAUGAUGUUCAUUGGCCAUGGUCACGAUAAUAAAAUUCGCGGCAAUGAUGAUAAGCCUAAAAACGAACUUGCUAUUGACGCCAUCUUGGACAAAUUUUCCGAGUCAAAAUGUAUGGAGCUACAGGGGAAACCAAAGAUUUUUGUGUUUAUUUGCUGUCGUACCGGUGAGCACGGUGCUCAGACAUUAUAUAGUGAGGACAGUAAGGACAUUGAGAGUCUGGAAACAAAAUUGUUCCAGGAGACCCCUUCCUUGAGACAGGAGUCAGACCCCGAUUCCUUGAGACUCCUGCCAUUCAUUGAGGUUCUGGGAACGCUAGUUACACCUAUUUUGGACGGGCAUUUAGCCAUACGAUCGCACAAUUUGCGUACGAUAGUGAGAUUGGAGGAUGACUUAAAAUCACUAGAGGGCAGGGCUUCUGACCCCGAAAUUGUGAUACCAUCGUAUAAGAAAGAUUUAUAUUUUAACCCUGGUAUAUACGAUACAACUAACAACUAG